AUGGGCAUCUCCAUCAACCUCCUCGCCAAAUCCACCCUGAGGCUCGUCACCCGGGGAGGAGCCCAACUAGCAACCCAAAGCAUCACAUUUCUCGUCUUGCUCACCCAGUUCGCGAUUCUGCGCGCCCUGCCGCUCGUCGCAACAUACCACAUGUUCCAGUUCCUGCGCACCGACGGCCACCCACUGCUCUGGCACGCCGUCAGCGGCCUGUUCACCGCCCUGGCGCUGCACCGCCUGUCGCUGCUCGCGCUCCGCCUCGUAGGCGCGUCUCUGGGCUUCGUGGGACGCUCCUUCGAGGCCGCGCUGGAGAUGAGGGAAGAUUGGGCGCAGCUCAACCAGGCGGAGAGGGCUAUGGCGGUUUUGAGCGGGAGAAGGGCGCCGAGUUCUGUGCCUGUGCCUGUGCCUGCGCUUCCUGUACCCACUACGCUACCGACGGCUCUGAGGAGGAGGAGGGCGACGAUGGCGGCGUCUUGA